AUGCGUCUUUCGCUUCUCACCUUGAGUGUAGCUGCUUGCUUUGUUGCAUCUGUAUCCCAAGUAGCCUAUGCAGCAGAUGAAGAUCCCUGCACUGCGAUCAAAAGUAACUGCGUAAAGUCUCCGUUCAACGAACUACAAAUCCCAUGCUCUAAGGGCGGUGACUAUACAGUCCUUGAGAAGAAUGAUUGCUGUUGCAACAACGAAUCAGCACCAUCCGAUAAAGGCAAUCCACCUCCUACAACACCAGCACCAAAACCCAACCCCAACAAGGGUAAUCCUCCUAGAAGAAAGGGCAAAGGAAGAUUGAUUUGGGUUCCUCCUCGUUGUGUAAGAGGUCGACGUACACGCCAACAAAUUAUCCAGUGCGCUAGGAACUUCCGUAGAGGACGUGGUAAUAGACGACCAGGUCCUAGACAGCGUCGCCAGUAA